ACCUUCACUUCGUGCUCCCAGUAGCUGUGCUCAUAUAUCCUUUCUACUUCUCAUGUGAAGCUGCGCAAACCUCUAUUUAUCACCUGCUAAUGCUGAAGGUAAUGCGAUCUGCCAGGUCUGUACUGACAGAGAACGCAUCCAAUAUGAGGAAUCACGCCCACGCCGCGCCGUCGCGGACCAUCACCAGUUUACGGCGGUGGUCCAUCGUCAACAAGGAACUACCAGCGGUGCCGCAGGUAAGGGCGAUUCAUGUCUACGACUUCGACAACACAUUAUUCUUGAGUCCUCUACCCAACCCGCAAUUAUGGAACGGCCCGACCAUCGGGUUCCUUCAAGCUUACGAGAGCUUCGCGAACGGCGGCUGGUGGCACGACCCGAACCUACUGUCGGCAACGGGCGAUGGGAUCGAAAAAGAAGAACUGCGCGCAUGGGAGGGGUGGUGGAAUGAACAGAUCGUGCAACUCGUCCGACUGAGCAUGGAGCAAAAAGAUGCCCUGACCGUGCUUUUGACGGGACGAAGCGAGAGUGGGUUCUCGGAGAUCAUCAAAAGGAUGGUGAACAGUAAAAAGCUGGAGUUCGAUCUGAUAUGCCUCAAGCCUGAAGUGGGGCCGAGGAAUCAGCGAUUCGCUAGCACCAUGGAAUUCAAGCAGACCUUCCUAGAAGACCUAGUCCUGACCUACGAUCAGGCGGAGGAUCUUCGCAUCUAUGAAGACCGCCCGAAGCAUGCCAAAGGCUUCCGGGACUACUUCGAGCAGCUGAACCGCAAGUUUCAGACUUUGGGCCCCAGCCCUAGAAAGCCGAUCAACACGGAAGUCGUCCAGGUAGCUGAAGGCUCAAUGUACCUUUCCCCUGUAUUGGAAACCGCUGAGGUGCAGCGCAUGAUCAACUCUCAUAACCUGACCACCCGCAACCCGUCACUAAACAAGGCCAAGUCGCCGUACGGCCGACUGCGCAUUAAGCGCACUAUCUUCUACACUGGCUACCUGAUCUCCAACGCCGACUCAAAUCGGUUGAUCCGCCAAGUAUUGAAUCCCAUGCUUCCAUAUGGGCUUGCUGACUCAAAUGACCUGAAGUACAUGGCAAACAGUAUACUAAUCACGCCGCGCCCGGCCCCGCGAUCUAUUUUAGACAAGGUCGGCGGCAUUGGCAAGAAGCUAAGCUGGCAGAUCACAGGGACGGCGUGCUUUGAAAACCGCGUCUGGGCGGCGCGGAUGGCGCCGGUUCCAGCCACGGAGAAAUACUACACAGAGAACCCGCAGCCGGUGGUGGUAUUAGCGGUGCGCAAAGGUGCGCGGCCCAUCGACGCCGGCAAGAUCCAGAACUGGCACCCGGUGCCAGCAGACAAGGCUCUGACGGUGGAGACCGUAGUCGGGGAGAAGGUGGUGCUGCGCGUCGAGGAAGAGAACCCCAACGAGGGCGAGUGGGAGAGCCAAUUCCUGAACAAGAACAACAAGCGGCGCCACCAGCAAGAGCGCAACGACGAGAUCCUGUACCCGCCGCACUCGGACCAGCCCGCGACCUAUGAUGGCGCGUCGCACCACGGACGCCCGCACCCGACCCAUCCGCGCAACAAUCGCCAUCAUCACCACGAUGACGGCCCGCGUCGGGGCAACGCCUUCCGGGGCCGUGGUCGCGGCGCUGCCGGGCGAGGCAGGGGCCACCAGAACCGCGGUGGGAACCGGGGCCGGGGCCGUGGGCGUGACAAUGGGCCUCCGGGCUACAGAUCUCUGGAUGACUAUGGCGGUGGCUUCGACGGGAACUAUGAGGAGAAGCCUGGGCCAGGCGGCGGUCCGCCCGUCAUGAACUACUAAACCACCUACCUAUUAUAUGUUUGAUUAGUCGAUGAAGC